AUGGAUGCUCACCGGGCCCUGCUCUCGGCAGUUUUCCUCAUCAGUUUCCUGUGGGAUUUACCCGGUUUUCAGCAAGCUUCUAUCUCAUCCUCCACCUCCACCUCGUCCUCUUCGUCCUCAUCCUCGUCCGCCGAGCUGGGCUCAGCCAAGGGCAUGAGGAGCCGCAAAGAAGGGAAGAUGUCCCGGACGCCGCGAGAAAGCGCCGCGGGCCAGGGGCACCCGGAGCAGGCAGACGAGCCUCCGCGGCAGGAGCGUCCGCAGCCCGGACGCCAGGAACCGCAGCCCGAGCAGCCCAGUUCCCGGCAGCGGCAGCCCCAGGCUCACGAACAGCCGGGCAGGAGUCCCCGGGUGGUGCCCCAUGAGUACAUGUUGUCCAUUUACAGGACCUAUUCCAUCGCAGAAAAAUUGGGAAUCAAUGCCAGCUUCUUCCAAUCCUCCAAGGCUGCCAAUACUAUCACUAGUUUUGUAGACAGGGGACGAGACGAUCUCUCGCACACUCCUCUCAGGAGACAGAAGUAUUUGUUUGAUGUGUCGACGCUCUCAGACAAAGAAGAGCUGGUGGGCGCGGAGCUGCGGCUGUUUCGCCAGGCGCCCCCGGCUUCCCCCCGGCCCCCGGGCGGCCCGCUCCACGUGCAGCUCUUCUCCUGCCUGUCCCCCCGAAUGCUGGACGCCCGGACCCUAGACCCGCAGGGGGCGCCCCACGCCGGCUGGGAGGUCUUCGACGUGUGGCAGGGCCUGCGCCGCCACCAGCCCUGGAAGCAGCUCUGCCUGGAGCUGCGGGUCGCCUGGGGGGGGCCCGGCGGGGAGACCCCGCCGUCGUCCCCACCGCCCCAGGCUGAGCCGCCCCUGGACCUGCGGAGUCUGGGCUUCGGCCGGAGGGUGCGGCCGCCGCAGGAGCGAGCCCUGCUCGUCGUGUUCACCAAAUCCAAGCGCAAAAACCUGUUCGCCGAGAUGCGCGAGCAGCUGGGAGCCGCUGCGGCCACGGCCACGGCCGCGGCGGGGGGCGACGGCGCGUGGCUGCCUCCCUCGCCGCCGCCCCCGCCGCUGUCGCCGCCCGCGGGCGUCCGGGACGCUGGCUGGGGGCUGGCUUCGCAGGGCCGCCGGCGGCGACGCACCGCCUUCGCCAGUCGCCACGGCAAGCGGCACGGGAAGAAGUCGCGGCUCCGCUGCAGCAAGAAACCCCUGCAUGUGAACUUCAAGGAGCUGGGCUGGGACGACUGGAUUAUCGCGCCCCUGGAGUACGAGGCGUACCACUGCGAGGGGGUGUGUGACUUUCCCCUCCGCUCCCACCUGGAGCCCACCAACCAUGCCAUCAUCCAGACCCUCAUGAACUCCAUGGAUCCCGGCUCCACCCCACCCAGCUGCUGUGUGCCCACCAAAUUGACUCCCAUUAGCAUCCUGUACAUCGACGCGGGCAACAACGUGGUCUAUAAGCAGUACGAGGACAUGGUGGUGGAGUCCUGCGGCUGUAGGUAG